AUGCCCUUCAGAGCCAAUCUUCCACCCGUCACUCGCGCCCUCCUCGCAGCUACUGUUGCGUUGAGCCUUCUCUACAACAUCGCGCGAUGGCGUUUGCUGCAAGCGAGCCUUGAUCCCACCACUGGAGACGAAGACACUGCAUCCCGACGCGUCGUUCCCUAUCUUGCUCUCGUCCCAUCGCAAUGUAUAAGGUACCCCUGGACGUUCCUGAGCGCAGCAUUCGUCGAACAGAACGUUUUCACGUUGAUUUUACAAGGAGGCACCUUGUUCUUUGGAGGGAAAUACCUAGAAAGAGCCUGGGGCACAAAGGGCUUCGUUUAUGUCAUCUUGCUCGCUUCAAUCAUACCAUACCUCCUCGCGGCUCCGACCUACCUCCUAUGGGCUUCUGUUACAGGUAGCUCCGACAGAGCCCUGACUCCUCUCAAUGGUGGAAUCACCUUGCAAGCCGCCUUUCUAGUCGCUUUCAAGCAGUUGGUGCCGGAGCACACUGUCAGCAUCUAUAAAGGCAUGAUCAAAAUGAGGGUCAAGCACUUCCCUACGGUAUUCCUGGGCGUCAACACGAUAUCAGGUCUUAUCCUCGGGACGGAUACUGCACUGAUCCUCUCCUGGUAUGGACUGAUCACGACUUGGACGUAUCUGCGGUUCUACAAGUGGCAGCCCAAUCUGUCAUCUACGAGUCCCGAGACUGGUGGUCUGAGAGGAGAUGCCAGCGAGACGUUUGCAUUCGCAACGUUCUUCCCCGACGUUGUGCAACCUCCCAUCGCGGCACUUUGCAAUCGAAUAUUUUCUCUCCUCUGCAGUCUCAAGCUAUGUACACCAUUCUCCGAUGAAGAUAUCGCGACGGGAAAUGAGCAGGCAGCCGCCCGAGGCGAGGCUGGUCUACCCAGCUUCAGCAGACAAAGCCGCGGGGUGCGUGGGAUGAGCAAACGCGAAGAAGCAGAGCGAAGACGGGCGCUAGCACUAAAGGCGCUGGAUGAGAGGCUCAAUGCGGCCAGCAGUCGAGCAACGGCCCAGCAGGCUACGACGGGCACUCCCAAUCUAGCUCAAGGGCAGGAGAUUUUGGGACAGACCGACUAUCGGCCUGAUGCCUGA